GCAGCAGUUUCAGAUGCGGGAAGGCUUCAUGGAGGAGCUUCUCGCUAGACAGAACUCUUGCACAGCGGACGAGCUGCUGGGAUUCGGAGCCAUGCUGGAGAUGAUGCCUCCAGAUGCCAAGGAGAAGCUGCAGGAGCAGUUUGGCCCUCUAGCUGUGCGUCAAGUUCCCAAGUUCCACCUCCAGUUUCCGAAGCAGUGUGGUCU